AUGGCGGCAAAAAACAAACCAAAACUGGACAAGGCGGCAUUUUUCGCACAAAAACCGUCCAAGCAAAAGAAACCGCCAGAAAGGGAACAAGAUGGUGCCGAUGAAGGAGCGGAGGCGCAGACAUCGGACACAGAGAACAAAGCUCAGGCGGGGAGUGAGGGGCCAAUAACUGAGUCCAGAAUUAAAUCUCUGCUGGAAACCUCCCUGAUGCACCAAUUUAAAGAGGUAAUAGGCAACCUAAACAAAGAUGUGACGAAGUUGGGCGAGCGCACAUCGCAUAUAGAAAACAAAAUGUCUGCACAUGCAGAGGCCCAUAAUAGCAUGGCGGAUGCCAUGCAGGAGUUGGAGCACAAACUACAAGCCCAUGAAGAUAAGCUAACUGAUCUGGAAGAUCGUUCCAGGAGGAAUAAUGUGCGAAUACGGGGCAUUUCGGAAGUUAUAGACGGCAAACAAUUGCUCCAAUACAUAACAACCUUCUUUGCCAAGCUUAUACCGGAAGUGGACCCAGACCUUCUGGUCAUAGACCGCAUACACAGAGUCGGGAGGCCGAAACACAUACCGAUUUCAUCACCACGUGACAUGUUAAUGAGGAUCCAUUAUUUCCACGUCAAAGAUCAAAUUAUGAAAGCCAGCCGCAAAAACCGACCCCCGACAGAAUACAAAGCGCUGCAAAUCUACGCAGACCUCUCUCCAGCCACACUACUUCAACGCCGGAACCUGGCACUCAUCACAACCUCUCUACGGGCUCAAAACUUGCCUUACCGUUAG